ACUGGUAAACGGCUUAGUUGAGAGCAGAUCUCGCGCAGCUCGCUGAGGCAACAGUCGGGGUUAUAGCAACUGAAAAGCCCAUCAUCAUCCGACACAACGGGACGGCUGAGAGGGACGCUCUCGCACUUCAGAUUUUCUGGGUGGGGGUCCACUACAACCGGAUUUGAACAGUACACACCAAACACACAACUAGCACAGGAGGAUGGCGGUGAAUGUCUACUCCACCUCUAUGACUAUAGAGAACCUGAGUCGUCAUGACAUGUUGGCAUGGGUCAACGACUCUCUUCAGCUCACCUAUACAAAGAUUGAGCAGCUCGGAUCAGGUGCUGCGUAUUGUCAGUUCAUGGACAUGCUGUUUCCAGGCUGCAUAUUGUUGAAGAAAGUCAAAUUCAACGCUAAAUUGGAACAUGAAUACAUCCACAACUUCAAGGUCUUACAGGCUGCGUUCAAAAGAAUGAAUGUGGACAAGAUCAUCCCCGUGGAGCGACUGGUGAAGGGUAAGUUCCAGGACAACUUUGAGUUCCUUCAGUGGUUUAAGAAGUUUUUUGACGCCAACUAUGACGGGAAAGAAUAUGACCCGCUGAUGAUACGACAGGGCCAGGAGGGAACACCGCCGCCUAACCAAGCAUCCCCAGCUUUUAACCCAGGUGAUCCCAUUCUCCACAAACCUAAAAGACCCCCUCGCUCAGCUCCUGUAAGAACGUCUCCCACCGCACCGAAGAUUGUUCCCACCUCUCAGAGGCAGAUCAGCGUAGCAGCCCGCAGGAGUGCUCCCAUAUCCCGCAAUGGUGGCGACGCUGAGCUUGUUGAGCUGAACCAGCAGCUGCUGGAUCUGAAGUUGACUGUCGAGGGACUGGAGAAGGAGAGAGACUUCUACUUUGGAAAGCUGAGAGACAUCGAGAUCAUCUGCCAGGACAACGAAAACCACCCUUCCAUGAAUAAAAUCAUGGAGACACUGUAUGCUACAGAGGAUGGAUUUGCACCACCAGAAGACGAGGAAAUUGAAGAAGGGGCACAGGGAGACCAGGAGGAGUUCUAACUCACCUUCCUCUUUUUUUCACCUCUCACCCUUUAAACUACCUGAAGAUUUCUAUCAUAAUCCCUCUCUUUCCCCCUGUUAUUUUAUUUUUUACAACCUCCCCUUACUCCUUCCAUCUCGUCUGCGUUUCCUUAGCCCACGACAACUUUGUUGCACAGCCCAGCCUCCCAAAGUCUACUAGUAAAGGAGGCUGAACCAUUACCUGUCUGGACUAAGGCUCAGCAGCUUGACUUGGCUUACUCGACUUAACUCUAACAUGUUACCUGAGAGGAAAAGUGAACUGCAGGGCUUGUUUAACCUGCUCCUGAACUGUGUAAGCUAAAUUAAUAUGAGAUUACAGGAACCCAGCACUGACAGCCUGAAGCUAACAGAGCUAAAAAUCUGUCUGUUUUAUUAAGAGGUGGGUCACUUUCUCUCACCAAGCACUUUCAUUGGUGACCACACAAAAAACGCACACAGGGUUUAUGCAGAGUUUAUAUAUGAAAUCACAAUAUUUUCCGCACAGUGCGAUCUUUAUUUUUCUUUGAUAUUUUGGCUGUAAAUUUUCAGAAAGUGAUAUUUAAAUUGUGUUCAGCCCCUUCAGAGAAAGGCCUGCACAUACAUUUUGAACAAGUUGCUUAUGAUGACGCACAUGAAAAUACAUUUAGCCUGUUUACAUAUCACAACAUUUUUGAACUGCUCAUUUGCAUAAAGAUGUCGUCAUUCCUAAGUUAAAAUUCAUAACAAAAGCUGAUUAUUACACGCCAAGUUGUUCCAGAGGAGAGGGUUUGCUCAUGAAACUGUCAACAGCUUGUUUAUGAGAAGGCAUGAUGUAUUUAUGAUUUUAUUUAUUUACCUUUUUUAAUCGUCUUUCUUUACUUUCUGAGAAAAUGGGGCUGUGGAUUUGGGGAAAGUGGAGUUCUUGCACUAAAUGUAGCAUACACAAAUGGACUGAAAUGAUCUAAAAUGCCAACAUGCAGUGACUGGCUGCAGCCAGAAAGAAACAUGAAGAUGCUAUUUUAUAUUUUGUAGAUUUCUUUUAAAGAGGUUUGUUUUUUAUUUGCAUUGAAUUCCUCAAUGGCUAAGUCGGGUAGGGUCAGUGUGAAGUAAUUUAUUAGCAAAGUGUCGGGCUUUGAAUUCUAUAAAUAAACAAAAAAAGUAAGAUUCCAGACAGACACUUAAUACUUAAUGGACAAUACUUAAUACUAAUGUUUGACUGUGUUAAUUGAGUUAAACAUUGUAGCUGCUAUCAUUAUUUUUCUGUUGCUAUUUAAUUGAGUUUUGUUUCAAGGUGUUAAAAUGCCACAUGGCUGCUGAGGAACCACGGCUGUGAUUUAUUGUGACUUACAGGUUGAGUGUUAUUGACAGUAGUCGGAUCAGCCUAAUAGAACAAAACAAUAAACCCUCUCGCACUGUUUGUUGCCAUGGCAGCCAUUGAAUUAACUUGCAUCAUUUGGAUUUACUGCUGCAAAGAAAUAAAGCUCUGAGGUAAAAGAAAA